AAGUGUAUGGGCACGAAGAAGUCAUUUUUUUCUGCAAUGUUUGGCAAGCUUGUGCGUGUCACUGUUUUAUAUCUGUUACUUCUAUUGACGUGGGUAAAAUGUCUUUCAAUAGCGAAAGCCAAUGCAACAUUCGACGAAUCAACCAGCAUUUCUAUUAAAAAUUCAGAUCUCUAUGAAGAAUCCAGGAAAAGCAAGAAAAAACACUCAUAUUUAUUCGGAUUAAUUCUUGGAGCUGUUCUGUGCAAACUGGUUUUAUUUCCCGUUGCUGUUAAAGCAAUGGCGAUCAUGUCUAGUGUUUCAGUACUGCUGAGCGCUAUGAGCUUGAUAAUUUCUUCCAUUGUUGGCUAUGCAAAGUUAGCGGCUUCCAACAUCGUUAAAGUGGUACACGUGAAAGAUGUCUGGUCAAAAGGAGAUCAACCUCCGCUCGCUUAUAUUCAACCUCCAGAUGGGCAUAACAAUAAUAAUUCCGGCCCAGAAGAGCUUAACCAACGUUUGAACUAACCCAGGGAAAUGUUAACAUGUAGGACAAUAUAAUGCAUAAAAAUAAAACUGUUUGGACUUA